AUGCAAAACCUAUUUGAUGAGAAUCAAGCAAAUAGGAACAAAAUGUCCAUAACAACUGAUAAUUCCACUUCUAAAACCACAACUAAUGAUGAUAUGUUUGAUUUCGGUAGCAUACUUGGUAAUACCAACACUAAUAAUAACGAAGUUAAUGGUGCUGUGAAUGAUAUAGACAAUUUUGAUAUUGAUUUGGCGUUUGAAACAGCGUUUGAAUUAUUUAAUGAUAAUCAUGAUAAUGACGAUGAUAAUCAUGAUAAUGACGAUGAUAAUCAUGAUAAUGACGAUGAUAAUACUAGUACUCCUGCCACUGCUCAUGAAAUUAUUCAAUCAUUUAAAUCAUUAACUAAUAAUAAUUCCUUGGAUGAAUUUAUCAAUACCGUUCCUAAUACUAUGGCAUCCAAAGAUACUUCAGUUAUUGGUAUGAAUGUAAAUCAGAAUAGCAAUGAUAAUAACAACAAGGAUAAUACUAAUAAUGAUUUAUCUAAAAAUAUACGAAAGGAUAUCCCAUCUUCUGAUAUUAACCCUUUAUACAAUUCAAUGUCCCCACCUGCAUCUUUUAAUCCAUUAUCACCGUCAACAUUACUCCCAUUAUCACCACCACCCUUGACUCGUUUCUCAAAUUCAAUUGAUACAACAACUAAUGUGAAGAAUCAAACAUUAAACAUAACUAGUAGUACCAAUAAUAACACAGUAAAAUUUAGUAAUAACAAUAACAAUAAUAAUAAUAAUAAUAACACAAUAACUGUUGCUAAUGUUGUUCUUCAACAAGGUUCAAAUUUAACUAACUCUCAACAGAAUAUUAAUGAAUCAAAUGAGCAAGAUAUGGAUAAUAUGAGAGAUAUUGAUAGUGUUCCUACUUCAAUACCACAAAUUAAUAAUAUACAGAAACAAAUUGUACCUAGUAUCCCUAGACAAUUGACAGAUAAUAAUAGCAAUAAUAUACGACAGGCUGAAAUAAAUAACGCAUCAAACAUUCAACGAAAUAUGAAAAGUACUUUAUCAACUUCUAAUAUACAUUCUUUAAGUUAUAAUAAUAUCAAUCCGCCAACUACUAAUUCUAAUAACAAUAACAAAAGUUUCCCAGAUUUUAAUGAAUCUUUGAAAACUUCACAUGCAGCAGGUAAUAAUUCCACUAAUAUUUCACAUGCAAGAGCUUCAAAUGUAACAAUAAAUAAUGGAUUAACAAAAAUUGUAACAAUUAACAAUCAUCUUAAUAAAAAACGAAACAACAACAAUACUAAUAACGAUAUCAAUUCGUUAAACAAAUCUUCAAAUAUUGGACAGAAUUUAUUAAGUUUAGAUGAAUCAAAUGUUAUAUCAAAUUUCUUGGAUAGUUUGUUAUCAGUAGAUGGUCCAAAUCAAGUCACUAAUUUAACAAAUAAUACAACUAAUUUAAAUAUUCAUAUUAAUGAAUUAACAUUAGAUGAUAACCCAUCGAUGAUUGUGCCAUUAAAAUUUAAUAAUCCAAAAUAUAUUAAACUCUAUGAUCCAUUUAAUAAAGGUUAUAAACCAUUACCUCUAUCUAAAUUACCUGAAAUUAAAAUUAACGAAGAGGUUAAUAAACCCCCAAUUGAAAUUCAAAAUGAUUUAAAUAAAUUGAAAAAAUGGAAACAUUUACAUUUAGAAAAAAUUAGAAGAAAACAAAUUAAAUUAUCAUUCAAUAAUUUAAUUACAUUUAUAAAAUAUCCUCGUUAUGAAUCAGAUAUAUUAACUUCUAAUUCAAAUACUUCUUUGGAUAACGAUAAUGAUAGUAAUAAUUCAGGGAAUAAUAUUAUACCUACUACAGUAUCAACAAAUCCAUCAAUUAGAACACCAAAGCAUGUAUUAUUAACUUAUAUUUUGAAUGAUAUUAAUUCAAUCAUAAAGGCAAAUAAUACCUUGGAAAGUGUACUUUCUAGUCUUAAAUGA